CGAUUUGAAUUCCUAACCUACAAUAAGCAAAUAAAUAAAUUCACUUCUUUAAACUUAUUAAUUUUAUUAGAUAUAAAAUGUCUUUAGAAUCAGAAUAUUUGGAUGACUCUGUAGAUUAUUUUUAUGAGACUGAAGAAAAUAUAUAUGAAGAAAAUGUUUCUGAUGUGCUAUAUAACUGCGUUGUCCCCUCAUUGCUUAGUGUUUGGCCUGUAAUUUUUAAAUUGAUUGGUUCAAGUUUAACUUAUGGAAUUCUGACAUCUUUACAGUUGCCUUCAGAAUAUAUGUACCACAUUAUUGCUAGUUUGUCUGGAAUUUUUAUGUUGACUUCUCUUGAAUCUAAUGAAGCGAUAAUUAUAUUUCUAGGCUUUGCAUUAUUAUCUUAUCCACUUUUAUGGAUAAUUGAUUACAUAGAAAAAACAACGAAGACUAAAUCUUAUAACUUUAUAAUUCCUGGUAUUUACAUCCUAACAUUAGUAUUGUGUGAACAUUGUUUUUUUGAAGAAGAAAUUUGGUUACAAAUUCGGGGCAUAUUAAUGAUAUUUUCCAUGAAACUACUGUCAUUUAUUGAAGUACAGAAACACACAACAGUGCCAAACAUUCUAGAAUAUUUUGGUUACACACUUUGUGGCCCAAACAUUAUAUUUGGACCAUGGUUUUCUUACCAAGAGUACCAAAAACAAUUUUUAAACCCCACCAGAAAGAACUGGAGAUGGAUUUUGGGAAUGUUUCGUGCUGUAGUCAUUUCUCUGCUGUUUCUCACAGUCUCCAACUGCUGGACCACUUUCCUCAUCCCUGAUGAGUUCCCCAAUUUGCUGCUCUCAUACAGAGAAGCUUUGUCAGUGAGAACCAGCCAUUACUUUAUUUCCUAUUUGGCCGAGGCAUCCAUGCUUGCGGCCGGCUUUAAAAACUCGAAGAUUUGGUCCGACCCCACGAAAUGGACCUACAACAUCGUCAAUCCCGUGCACGUGGAAUUUCCUAACGCACUGGCCACGGUGGUCACCAACUGGAACCUGCCCAUGCAUGAGUUUUUGAAAAAACAUGUGUACAAGCCGUGCUUGCCCCACGGAAAAUUCAUUGCCAUACUGACAACAUUUAUUGUGUCGUCGUUCCUCCACGGCUUCGCCCUGAAGGUAUCCGUGAUUUUGUUGCUGUUGGGAGUUUUUUCCUACAUACAACUCGAAACAAGGUCGUUUCUUUGUUCUGCUUUCAGCGUUUGCGUUAAAAUUUAUCCCUGCAAAGAGUGUCAUCAUGAUAAUAAACGAAAUAGUUAUACAUCAAUGUUUAUUCGAUUUAUUUUGUCGAUAUUAACUGUGUUGCAUUUGAUUUAUGUUGGAGUACUUUUGUCUCCCACUACUGAUACUGUGGGGAUUUGGGAGAAGUGGAAUAGUUUAGGAUACAUGAGCUUUUGGAUAAUGGCUUUUAAGCUUGCACUUAUUAAAAUGUAAAUACCUGGAAACUGUUUAUAUUUUGUUUAAGGAUCAGUAUUAGAUAUUAUUGCAUUUAAGAACAUCUCCCAGUUAUACUUAGUGGUAUUAUUGUAACUAAUGUGAUAUAUUAUUUUAUUAUUUGUAAUUUAUUAUGAGAUAUUUUGUACUUUUGUAAUCUUUACAAUCAUAGUUUUGGGCUGUUAUAAUGACAAUAUUUGCGCUAUCAAUCAUCAAAUAAUAAGAAACAAUUAAUACAUAAAAUUUGUUUCUAUUCAUAAAUAAAAAUUAUUACAUUAUAUUAUUUUUACGUUUAACAAUAAAAUAGAGAAAAUAGACAAACGUGUGACUGAAUGCAAUAUCAUAACUCGAACUACACUAUUUAAAAAAAAAUUUAUAUUGUAAUUAAACAUAUUUCCUAAUGGACUUUUUAUUUUAUUUUAUAACUUUACCAAAUUUUAUGUUAUUGUUGUACUCUAUAAAAACUACCUUAAACUUUUGGAACCUAUUAACGAAACUAAAAUAUUUAUUAAAUUGGGAAUGUAAAGUUAUUGUACUUUUGAAUCAGUGUAUUCGUUAAAUGACUGAUAAUAUCUGUAACUUAAUGUGAUAUAUUUUCAAUUUUUGUUUUAUAUUAUUGUUCAAUAAAUGAAAUUUUAGCAAU